GCAGACUGAAUAAUAAAAGGGGAGCGGCGAAGAGGCAGGAAGACAGGACCAUGUCGAAGGGCCCCGGGCCCGGCGGCUCCGCAGCUUCCUCGGCGCCCCCGGCCGCUACCGCUCAGGUGCUGCAGGCACAGCCCGAGAAACCGCAGCACUACACGUACCUGAAGGAGUUCCGUACGGAGCAGUGCCCACUCUUUGUGCAACACAAAUGUACGCAGCAUCGGCCCUACACCUGUUUCCACUGGCACUUCGUGAACCAGCGGCGCCGCCGAUCCAUUCGUCGUCGUGACGGCACCUUCAACUAUAGUCCUGACGUCUACUGCACCAAGUACGACGAGGCAACAGGCCUCUGUCCAGAGGGCGACGAGUGCCCAUUCCUGCACAGGACCACAGGAGACACUGAACGCAGGUACCACCUUCGUUACUAUAAAACUGGAAUCUGCAUUCACGAGACCGACUCAAAAGGCAACUGCACCAAGAACGGCCUGCACUGUGCUUUUGCCCACGGGCCCCAUGACCUCCGCUCCCCUGUCUAUGACAUCAGGGAGCUCCAGGCCAUGGAAGCCUUGCAGAAUGGCCAGACCACAGUAGAGAGCAGCAUAGARGGCCAGUCUUCUGGGGCUGCAAGCCAUGCAAUGAUAGAAAAAAUCCUCAGUGAGGAGCCUCGCUGGCAAGAGACCGCUUAUGUGCUGGGGAACUAUAAGACGGAGCCGUGCAAGAAGCCCCCGCGGCUGUGCCGCCAGGGCUAUGCCUGUCCCUACUACCACAACAGCAAGGACCGGCGGCGGAGCCCCCGGAAGCACAAAUACAGGUCGUCUCCUUGUCCAAAUGUCAAACAUGGGGACGAGUGGGGAGAUCCCGGCAAGUGUGAGAACGGAGAUGCCUGCCAGUAUUGCCAUACCCGCACAGAGCAGCAGUUCCACCCAGAGAUCUACAAAUCCACCAAGUGCAAUGACAUGCAGCAGUCAGGGAGCUGUCCCCGAGGACCUUUCUGCGCCUUUGCUCAUGUAGAACAGCCACCCCUAAGUGACGACCUGCAGCCUUCCUCAGCUGUGUCCAGCCCCACCCAGCCAGGUCCCAUCUUGUACAUGCCAUCUGCUGCUGGAGACUCGGUGCCUGUGAGCCCCUCCAGCCCGCAUGCCCCCGACCUCAGCGCUCUCCUCUGCAGGAGCAGCAGCCUGGGCAGCCCAUCCAACCUGUGUGGCUCCCCACCGGGCCCUGGUAGGAAGCCACCAAACCUGGAGGGUCUCGUCUUUCCUGGGGAGGCUGGCCUAGCCCCUGGCAGCUACAAGAAAGCUCCUGGCUUCGAGAGGGAAGACCAGGUGGGAGCCGAGUACCUGAAAACUUUCAAAUGCCAGACCAAACUGAAGCCCCAUUCACUAGAGCCCAGGAGUCAAGAGCAGCCUCUGCUUCAGCCCAAACAGGACGUGCUGGGCAUCCUCCCUGUGGGCAGCCCUCUGACCUCAAGCAUCUCUUCCAGUAUCACCUCCAGCCUGGCAGCCACACCCCCCAGCCCUGCAGGCACCAGCAGCACCCCUGGCAUGAAUGCAAACGCUCUGCCCUUCUAUCCCACCAGUGACACGGUAGAAUCGGUCAUAGAAUCUGCCUUGGAUGAUCUGGACCUGAACGAGUUUGGGGUGGCUGCCCUGGAGAAGACUUUCGAUAAUAGCACAGUGCCCCACCCCAGCAGCAUCACAAUCGGUGGCAGUUUGCUGCAGAGUUCUGCACCCGUGAAUAUCCCUGGCUCCCUGGGCAGCUCUACCUCCUUCCAUUCUGCGUCCCCCUCUCCUCCUGUCAGCCUCUCUUCACAUUUUCUACAGCAACCCCAGGGUCACCUGAGCCAGUCAGAAAACACAUUUUUGGGGACCUCAGCAUCACAUGGAUCUUUAGGUCUGAAUGGAAUGAACAGCAGCAUCUGGGAGCACUUUGCCUCUGGAAGCUUCUCCCCAGGGACUUCCCCUGCCUUCCUAUCAGGGCCAGGGGCUGCUGAGCUGGCCCGGCUUCGGCAAGAGCUAGAUGAAGCCAACGGGACCAUCAAGCAGUGGGAAGAGUCCUGGAAGCAGGCCAAGCAGGCUUGUGAUGCCUGGAAGAAGGAGGCAGAGGAGGCCGGCGAGCGGGCCAGUGCGGCAGGUGCUGAAUGCGAGCUGGCUCGGGAACAGCGGGAUGCGCUGGAGGUGCAGGUGAAGAAGCUCCAGGAAGAGCUAGAGCGGCURCAUGCAGGGCCUGACCCCCAGGCCCUGCCCACCUUCCCUGACCUGGAGGCACUCUCGCUCUCUACUCUCUACUCCCUCCAGAAGCAGCUGCGGGCCCAUCUGGAACAAGUGGACAAGGCUGUGUUCCACAUGCAGUCGGUGAAAUGCCUUAAGUGUCAGGAGCAGACUCGGGCGGUGCUACCGUGCCAACACGCUGUGCUGUGCGAGCUGUGUGCCGAGGGCAGUGAAUGCCCUGUCUGCCAACCCGGCAGGGCCCAUACCCUCCAGUCGUGACCUUGCAGGCCUGGCCUGGCCUGGCCGGACCCAGAUCUCUCACCUAGAACUCUUUAUAUAUAUAUAUAUAUAUAU